AUAAAAGUGAAGCCCAUUUUAUUGUUGUCUUCUCACAAAACCCUCUCUUUCUUGUUCCCCAAAAUCUCUUAAACCCUAAAACCAGAAAAACCUUGAAAAACGACGACGUUUGUGAAGCCACCAUGCAUAGAAGGAACAUUAGGCUGCGCAGAGAAUACCUAUACAGGAAAAGCUUAGAAGGGAAGGAGCGUUUGCUAUAUGAGAAGAAACGCAAAAUCAGAGAAGCUUUAGAGGAGGGAAAACCAAUUCCAACUGAGCUCAGGAACGAAGAAGCUGCUCUUCGGAAAGAAAUCGAUCUUGAAGAUGAAAUUACUGCUGUACCUCGAUCAACUAUUGAUGAUGAAUAUGCUAAUGCACCUGAAAAAGAUCCCAAAAUUUUGCUUACCACUUCAAGAAAUCCUAGUGCUCCUCUUACUCAGUUUGUCAAGGAGUUGAAAAUUGUGUUCCCUAAUGCUCAGCGGAUGAAUCGUGGUGGUCAGGUUAUAUCAGAAAUAAUUGAAACCUGCCGAUCUCAUGAUUUUACAGAUGUAAUUUUGGUCCAUGAGAAUCGUGGUGUGCCUGAUGGUAUUGUCAUUAGUCAUCUGCCUUUUGGUCCAACUGCUUACUUUGGAUUGCUCAAUGUGGUGACUAGACAUGAUAUUAAGGACAAAAAAUCUAUGGGAACGAUGUCUGAGGCGUAUCCACAUUUGAUUUUUGACAAAUUUUCAACUAAGCUUGGUGAUAGGACAGUAAACAUCCUAAAGCAUUUGUUUCCUGUGCCCAAGCCUGAUACGAAACGUAUCCUCACAUUUGCUAACCAGUCGGACUACAUCUCAUUCAGACAUCACGUCUAUGAAAAGAAUGGAGGUCCAAAAUCAAUUGAGCUGAAAGAGGUUGGCCCUCGAUUUGAACUACGGCUUUACCAGAUCAAAUUAGGAACGAUGGAACAAGACGAAGCUCAAAUCGAGUGGGUCAUAAAGCCUUACAUGAACACAUCUAAAAAACGGACCCUUCUAGGGGACUGAUCAACGUGCAGCAGAAUAUGUACUUUGAAGCCUCCGCCUCUUCCCGCUUGCACUAACAGAAGUUGAUCGUUGCUGCAAGUCAUGUAUUCGAUCGUUGAAAUGCAGACAUAAUUUGCUGCUUCCUGUUCCAGAGAGAUACUGUAAAAUCUGUCUCUGUAGGAAAAGAAAUCGUUGUUUUAAGUAGUCAUUUGGUAUUUCCCCUUAACUGGGAAAAAUAUAAUGUUAUGUAUAAUGUGCUAAAUUUAAUUUUUGUAAUGUCAAAGUUGAUUUAUUACUUCUA